GUCAAUUGGGGAAUUAUUAGAAAUGAGGGGCAAUGUAUCUCACAAGUUCUUUCUCUUUAUCUGCCCAAGUUUCUUGAAAAAGUCCUCGAACAGUUAAAAUAAUCAACAUGUCGAAGAGAGAAAACAAGGCCCUUUACUUCCAAAAGCUCAACAACUACUUGGAAACCUACCAAUCCAUCUUCAUUGUCAACGUUGACAAUGUCAGCUCCAACCAAAUGCACCAAAUUCGUCACUCCCUUCGUGGUGAAGCUGCCGUUCUCAUGGGUAAGAACACCAUGGUUCGUCGUGCUUUGAAGGGUUUGAUCACUGAACGCCCUGAACUCGAAAAGCUUCUUAACUUCGUUAAGGGUAACAUUGGUUUCGUUUUCACCAACGGCGAAUUGAAGGAAAUCCGUGAAAAGAUCGUCUCCAACCGUGUUGCUGCUCCUGCUCGUGCUGGUGCCGUUGCUCCCGUUGAUGUCGUUGUUCCCGGUGGUAACACUGGUAUGGAACCCGGUAAGACCUCUUUCUUCCAAGCUUUGGGUAUCCCUACCAAGAUUGCCCGUGGUACCAUUGAAAUCGUUUCUGAUGUCAAGCUCGUUACUGCUGGUGAAAAGGUCGGUCCUUCCGAAGCCACUUUGUUGAACAUGUUGAACAUCUCUCCCUUCACUUACGGUAUGGGUGUUGUUCAAGUUUACGAUGCUGGUUCUCUCUUCUCUGCCGAUGUUCUCGAUGUUGAAGAAUCCCAAUUGGUUGCUAACCUCAUGGCUGCCAUCCGUGACAUUGCCUCCGUCUCUCUCGCUGUUGGUUACCCCACCGUUGCUUCCGUUCCUCACUCCAUCAUCAACGGUUACAAGAACUUGUUGGCUGUCUCUGUCGCUUCCGACUACACUUUCCCUGGUUCUGAACAAAUCAAGGAAUUCAUCGCCAACCCUGAAGCUUUUGCUGUUGCCGCUCCCGCUGCUGCUGCUGCUUCUUCUGAUGCUCCUGCUGCCGCUGCUGCUGAAGAAGAAGAGGAGGAAGAAGAUGAUGACAUGGGUUUCGGUCUCUUUGAUUAAAUUUAAUAAACAAAUCGUUUAUGUGCAUAUCAAUUGUAUGAUUAGUAUUUUAUUGAUAAAAGAACAAUUGAACUUAAAAUACACAAUAAGCCCCUUUAG